UCUCGGUGACGUCGUUGUUGUGGCUUCUGGAAAGAUGGAGGCGGUUGUAUGGGUGCGAGAGGCUUUCACCGGCCGGGUGUCCGUGGCCCGGAGGCCUCACGGGUCGGUGGUUCGGGAUCUCCUUCCUCCUCAGGCCUCGGCUCUGCCGGAUGACUUCUACGUGAAGUGUGACGGCCGGCUGGUCGGUUUGGACGAGGAGCUGCGGGAUGGACUCGCGUACAGUCUGGAGCCUCGGCUUCGUGGGGGGAAAGGAGGGUUUGGCUCCAUGCUCAGGGCUCUGGGCGCCCAGAUCGAAAAGACCACAAACCGAGAGGCGUGCCGGGAUCUCAGCGGGAGACGACUCCGCGACGUCAACCAUGAGAAAGCGAUGGCCGAAUGGAUUAAAAAACAGGCAGAACGAGAGGCGGAAAAAGAGCAAAGACGCCUGGAAAGGCUGAAGCGUAAACUGGCGGAGCCGAAGCAUUACUUCACCGAUCCAGAAUACCAUCGGCAGUGCGAGGACAUGGCCGAGACUUUGGAGGACUCUGUCAUCAAAGGAUUACAGGCUUCCUCCAGCACAGCGGUCUCCGCAAAGGGAAAGGAAAGUCGCAAACGCAAGACAGAAGGGGAGAGCUCCAAAUCCAAACAUGACAAACGGAAAUGUCUCUGGACGGGAGUGGAAGGGUUGGACAUCUCCUCGGCUUCUGACAGCGGAAGCGACAGUGACAGCGAAUCUCCGUCCACAUCUUCUCACAGUACUGACCCAAAGCCGUGCAGCUCCGAGAGUCCGAGCGACUCCGACGGAUGCGAAACGCGGCUGCCGCCCCCUGACGCAUUACCGUUCAUUCAGGAGCAGAAAGAAGCUGGAAGUUUAUUACAAGAGGGUCCGACGGAUCCGCAGACCUCGGAGUCCGAGGAAGUAACUCCUCCUGCUGAAGCUACAAUGUCAGAAAGCCAAGAACCCGAGAAAGAAAAGGAGAGACCAGCUCCGGAGAUCCAGGACAUGGACUCCUCUCCUACAGACCUCCUGGCGUUUAGCUCCGCGGCUGAGCUGGAAGCCCUGGGGCUGGAGAAACUCAAGCAGGAGCUUCUGGCUCUUGGGCUGAAGUGUGGUGGGACCCUGCAGGAACGCGCCGCCAGAUUGUUCUCUGUGAGGGGACUUUCCAAAGAACAGAUAGACCCGUCGCUCUUUGCUAAACCAACGAAAGGGAAACGGAAAUAAAACCGUAUUUAAUGAUUUUGUCCUCCCAACGGAUGCCUUAUUUUUUCUCUUGUAUAUAGAAUUGUCUUGAUUUUAUUUUGUAUGAAUACAGGUUAUAUCAUUACUCAAACAUUUCCGCCUCGCCAUAGCUCUGUAUCCACCCAACAAGGGUUUAACUUCGUGAGUUAACAGGACUGGUCCUGCCGUUUUGGCUGUCAAAUUGCCGAUUCAGCCAUUCCUCCUCGAUUUCACAGUGUUCAUUUUUAAUAUUUCUUAAUACAUUAAAAGAAGUGAUUUAUUUCUCA